UUGCAAAUUAGGAGAGCAGAUAGAUAAGCAUACGCAACGCAAGAAUAGAGAACUGCGUAGCGACCCAUCAGAGAAGAUCGCGAUCUUCUGAAACAUGUCUGGGGAAGAGGAAGAAAACGCCGCAGAGCUCAAAAUUGGAGACGAGUUUUUGAAGGCAAAGUGCUUAAUGAACUGUGAAGUUGCAUUGAUUCUUGAGCACAAGUAUGAGCAGCUUCAACAGACAUCCGAUGAUCCCAUGAAUCAAGUUUCUCAGGUAUUUGAAAAGUCACUGCAGUAUGUGAAGCGCUUCAGCCGCUAUAAAAAUCCCGAUGCUGUUAGACAAGUUCGAGAAAUUCUCGCCAGAUAUGAAUUGGCUGAGUUUGAGUUGUGUGUCCUUGGCAACCUUUGCCCAGAAACUGUGGAGGAAGCUAUUGCUAUGGUUCCAUCUAUCAAGUCAAGAGGACGGGCUCAGGAUGAUGAAGCAAUCGAGAAAAUGUUAAAUGACCUGUCGUUGAUUAAGAAAUUUGAAUAAAUACGUCAAAGUGUGUGAUAUAACUGACAUAUCACUUGACUGCAAGCAAACAUUCUUGUGGUUUGUAUUACAAAAACGCUUGGUAAUUAUAUUUAGUUCAUUUUGUGACUGUUAUCGAGUAGGAUUUUGACACAUGCGAACUGGUGUAUGAAAGUGCUUUUGACCUGUUAUGAUGAUUAUGCGAAUGUGAUUAUUGUCUUACUA